CCCCUCGCGCCAUCCUCCCGGGUUCGAGCCCCGGCUCCGCUCCGACCUCCCGGCCGCUUCCGGACUCCCAGUAGGGAGGAGCCCGAGCCUCGAGCACGGGACGUUGAUCGAUCCCCCGCCUCGCUCCACUGCUCACACUGGGCCGGCCCCGCACCAGGAAUGCUGUGGGAUCAGGACCCGCCCCUCUAGUAGGGAGGGACCCCCCAGGGCCAGCCCUGUGCAGCUGGCUCUUAGCCUGCACACCCCAGCUGCCUUCUGCCCCGGUGCCUUCACCUUCUCAUGACCCUGCCAACCCUGUGGCUUACACCGGCUCGGGGGUGGCCUACCUCCUACGGCUGUGGGACACAGGCUGGGCAGAGGACUCCUGGGAGGAGCUGCGCCGGCUCAGACAGCUGCAGCGGACCCAGCCCUGCUCAUGGACCCUUUGGAGGACCGUCAGAAGGCAUCAGCAGUGUCGCCCUCCUAGGGCACAGCAGCUUUGGGCUGGAGCUAUGAUGUGGAGGCAGGGCCGAGGCAGCUCCCGGCCAUGGCCUGGCCCUCUCAUGAUCACAGCCCUGCUGCUCGGCAGCCUGCCGUGGGGGGCCCAAGGAAUGGCUGUCUCCAACCUCAGUGUGGAUUGGGGCCAGGCUGUGCCAUUCAGUGGGGGGCCCUACCUGAGCAUCGGGGAUGGCUCUGUCAUGGAGUUCGAGUUCCCCGAGGAGAGCGAGGGCAUCAUCGUGAUCUCCUGCAGGUACGCAGGCCCCAACAUCACGGGGCCUGGCCCCACACUGAAAGUCCUCUCCCUGGACACUGAGGUGCUAAGCGUCCAGAACGUGAGUGCCAUGAGCUGGGCCAGUGGGGGCAGCUUCUUGGUGAACAUCCGCUCGGGCCUGCCCGGGCUCGUCCCGCUGCACAUCCAGCUCCUGGACCCCCACCAGGCCCCGCCAAGGCUGAUCGAGGAGCGGACCGAUUUCUUCAUCAAGGUGUCUCCUGCCGAAGACCCCGCGGCCGCCCUGGGCACCAGUGUGCUGCACUUCUCUGAGAACCCGAUCCUGUACCUGCUCCUACCUCUCAUCUUUGUCAACAAGUGCUCCUUUGGGUGCAAAGUGGAGCUGGACGUUCUCAGGGGGCUCCUGCAGAGCCCCCAGCCCGUGCUGCUGGGCCUCCUGGGCCAGUUCCUGAUCAUGCCCUUCUAUGCAUUCCUGAUGGCCAAGGCGUUCAUGCUGCCCAAGGCCCUGGCACUAGGCCUCAUCAUCACCUGCUCAUCACCUGGCGGCGGGGGGAGCUACCUCUUCAGCCUCUUCCUCGGAGGGGACGUCACGCUGGCCAUCUCUAUGACGUUCAUCUCCACAGUGGCGGCCACCGCAUUCCUGCCGCUGUCUUCAGCUCUUUACAGCCACCUGCUCAGCACCCACGAGACACUGCACGUGCCCAUCUCCAAGAUCCUGGGGACCCUGCUGUUCAUCGCCAUCCCCAUCGCCGCUGGCGUGCUCAUCAGGUCCAAGCUGCCCAAGUUCUCCCAGGUGCUACUGCAGCUCCUCAAGCCCUUCAGCUUUGUGCUGCUCCUCGGUGGCCUCUUCCUCGCCUACCGCAUGGGCGUCUUCCUCCUGGCAGGUGUCCAGCUGCCCAUUGUGCUGGUGGGCCUCACGGUGCCUCUGGUUGGCCUCUUAGUGGGCUAUUGCCUGGCCAUGUGCCUGAAGCUGCCGGUGGCCCAGCGGCGGACUGUCAGCAUCGAGGUGGGGAUGCAGAACAGCCUCCUGGCCUUGGCCAUGCUGCAACUGUCCCUGCGCCGCCUCCAGGCUGACUAUGCCUCCCAGGCGCCCUUCAUUGUGGCUCUGAGCGGCACCUCGGAGAUGCUGGUCUGGGUCAUUGGCCACCUGGUCUAUACCAGCCUGUUCCCGGUCCCCUGAGGCCGCUGGGCCAAGCUUCCGCCCCCUGAGCCCCUCACUGCACCCACUGUGUGCACACUUCUUGUGUACCAAAGGCCUUCAGUUCUCACGCACUUUGCACUCAGAAGAUAUCCGGGCUUCUUAUUUUUUGUAUGGGUUUUGUAUUCUCCAGCUUUCGGUGCCAAAGAGGCAAUGCUGAGCGAGCAAAGCAAGGUGGCCCUGCCCAGAACGUGU